GGUCCCCGGAAAAGAGCCAUGCUGGGCCCGUGGGCCAUGGCCCUCACUCAUGCAGCAGCCCUACUCGAAUGAUAUUUUCUUGCGAUUUUAUUUGUCACGCCGCAAUUCCUGUCACGCACGCGGUAGGAGCGCACCUGCUGGCUUUCUCUUGGGAUCGCUGCUGCACCGGGAGGAACGCCGCCGCGCGUGUCGGCGCUCGGCGGCACAUGAGCGGCUCGAAGGCGGCGCCCGGCGCCGCCGUGGGCGGCAAGGCGGCGCGCGCCUGCGACAGCUGCCUGCGGCGGCGCGCGCGGUGGUACUGCGCGGCCGACGACGCCUUCCUGUGCCAGGGCUGCGACGCGUCGGUGCACUCGGCCAACCCGCUCGCCAGGCGCCACGAGCGCCUCCGCCUGCGCCCGACGUCGCCGCCGCGUCACGCGGCGUCCACGUCGGCGUCGGCGUCGAAGACGCGCCAGCAGGUCACGCCGGGGUGGUCCAAGCGCAAGGCGCGCACCAGGAGGCCGAACGUCAAGAGCGUCGGGCAGCUGCUGUCGAGGAAGCUCAUCGUCGUGCCGGAGGUGACCGUCGAGUCGUCGUCGGAUGAGCGGAAGGCCGAGGAAGAGGAGGCGGAGGAGGAGCAGCUGCUGUACCGCGUGCCGAAUUUCGACCGCGCCCUCGCUGAGCUCUGCUCGCCGCUGCCAAUCGAUGACCCGGCGGCCGGAGCCCCGUGCUCCAGGGAGGACGUCGACGGCACCGUGGAGCACACAAAGACCCCGGUGGUUGCAGAAUCACCCGUGCAGCAGCUCCCGGACUGCUUUGCGGGCUUCGGCCCGACGGACGCCGAGCUCAGAGAGUUCGCGGCGGACAUGGAAGCCCUUCUCGGCCAAGGUCUCGACGACGGCAACGAGCUUGACGAAUCGUUCUACAUGGAGAGCCUAGGACUAAUGGCGCCGGCGGAAGACGGCGGGCGGGUAAAGAUGGAGCCCGGUAGCAGCGUAAUCUCCCACAUCGAGGGUUCUCUCGCUCGUGGCCCUGCGGAGCUGAAGCCGGAGGAAUCGGCGGAGGUGCUGGACACAGACUUGCACUGCAGCUCGCCCACGGUGAUAGAUCACGACGAGGACAGUUUCGAACGGAAGGCAUCGGCAAGCAGCGGCGUCGCCGCGGAUGCGCAGUUCCUGAAGAGGAGCCUGGAUCUCAGACUCAACUACGAGGCCAUCAUCGAGAGCUGGGGGAGCUCGCCGUGGACCGACGGCCAGCGUCCGAACGUCCAGCUCGACGACUUCUGGCCCCACGCCCACCACCCGGGCGUGUGGAUGGCCGGGGGAGGACGGCUGGGUGGGGAGGCGUUGACGCCGCGGCUGGGGAUGAUGGGCGGCGGGCGGGAGGCGCGGGUGUCGCGGUACCGGGAGAAGCGGCGGACGAGGCUGUUCGCCAAGAAGAUACGGUACGAGGUGCGGAAGCUGAACGCGGAGAAGCGGCCGCGGAUGAAGGGCCGGUUCGUCAAGCGGCCGGCCGCCGCCGCCGCCCCAUGCGCCGUCACCUAGCUAGCUGAUGAUGCGCUGGCCGGUCAGGCCGCGCCCGUGUUGCCGUGCGUGCCGAGGUCGUCGCACUUGCAGACUGCAGCACGCAGGUCUUGCGAGGCAUCACGGGCUCGGCAUGAAAUUACGGGCUCAUCAGAAUUUGUCGAAGCUCCUUUAGUUAGUUGGUUCUUCGUUCACAACUUGUGUGUCUCCCCCUCAUCGUUUCAGCAUCCAUGAUUGAGGGUUGAGACGAAGGAGUGAUGAACAUUUGUACAUUGCUGUCCACCCCCCUUUUCUUUCUUAUGAUAGAUAGCAGCUCGCAAAAGAAACACAAAGAACACACGUGUAAAUUACAUGCAUAUUGUAAUAAUUAAUAAGCAAUGUGUACACUUGCAGCAGCCUUAUUUUGUUAUCUCAGGAAAUAAAAGUUGAGGGACUUAGUUUAAAA